AUGGAUUAUGCCUGUUGCCCAGCCAAUUGGGCCUUGCUCUUUUUGAUUAUUGAUAGUCUGCACGGAGGGGUUAGUGGAGUGAAGUCUAGGAAUGUUCGGGUUGGGUUAACAUUAGCAUGGGUAUUCUUCUUACAGGUCAUGCGCAUAAAAUAUCUGCUUCCUGAUAGUGAGCUUCAAAAUUUUGCAUUGCAAGUUAUGGAAAUGCUCAGUGCUGAAACUUCUGUUGACGCCCAUGCCUUGGGCUCCAACCACAGUGGGUUUGGAGAAGUUGUGAUGCAUCUUUCAAUUGAUUUCAAAUUUGGGUUGUCUAUGACGCUACUGGCAUGUGUUCUGUAUGUCCUUCGUAUUGCAGUAACCAAUCAAAUGACUGAACCUACUCAAAGGAGCUUUUUGGUUUUUUUAGGAAAGCAGCUCCAAUCAUCUGAGGCAGGUCCCUCCAUGAAAGUGGCAGCCUUGCGAACACUGUCUUAUACUCUGAAGACACUGGGAGAGGUUCCAUUUGAAUUUAAGGAAAUUCUUGACAACACUGUAGUUGCAGCAGUGUCACAUUCUUCAAAACUGGUUCGGAUUGAGGCAGCUUUGGCAUUACGUGCAUUGGCUGAGGUUGAUCCCACAUGUGUUGGUGGUUUAACUUCAUAUGGGGUGACCAAUCUUACUGCUUUAAGAGAGAGUGUUUCUUUUGAAAAGGGAAGCAAUUUACAGUUUGAGCUUGAUUCCUUCCAUGGGCAGGCUACUGUCUUGGCAGCUUUAGUCUCUAUUUCGCCAAAAUUACCUCUUGGUUACCCAGCCAGGCUUCCAAGAUUAGUGUUUGGGGUUUCAAAGAAAAUGCUGACAGAACAUAGUCGCAACCCAGUUGCAGCCACUGUGGAAAAAGAAGCUGGAUGGUUGCUUUUAUCAUCAUUAUUGGCUUCUAUACCGAAGGAGGAGCUUGAAGAGGAUGUCUUUGAUAUUCUUGCCUUAUGGGCUAGCCUGUUUACUAACAAUCCAGAAAAUGAAAUCAAGAAAACUGAUGAUUUAAUUGCAUUAUCUUAUGUAUCAGCAUUAACAGCCAAGGAAGUGCCAAAUAUAAAGUCUGCAGUGGAUGUAUUUGUUAUCAAAACUUUAAUAGCUUACCAAUCUCUUCCUGAUCCUUGGUCAUUUAAAAAUGACUAUCCUCAGAUUAUUCAACUAUGUACAUUUCCAUUCAGAUAUGCUUCAGAAUGUGAAGAAAGUUCCUGCUUGAGGUUGCUCUUAGACAAGAGAGAUGCAUGGUUGGGUCCAUGGAUUCCUGGAAGGGAUUGGUUUGAAGAUGAGCUUCGAGCUUUUCAAGGAGGAAAAGAUGGCCUUAUGCCAUGUGUAUGGGAGAAUGAAAUUUCUAGCUUUCCUCAGUUGCUUGAUAAGUACCUUCUCCCUGAGAAAGAACAUUUCAAUCCCAAUACGCUUGGUGUGAGCAUGGAGAUCUGGGUUCUGAGCAAGAAAGACAUCACUUUGAUUGUCAAACCGGAGACUAUAAGCAAGACUUUGGUGAACCAGAUGCUUCUGUUUUUUGGGACCAUGUUUGCUUCUCAGGAUAGUGCUGGCAUGCUUUCCCUUCUGGGCAUUAUUGAGCAGUGUUUGAAAGCCGGGAAGAAACAACAUUGGCACAAAGCUAGUCUUACCAAUAUUUGUGUGGGAUUACUUGCUGGUUUUAAGGCUUUGCUGUCGUUUCGACCACAAAAAUUAGGACAGGAGAUUUUGGGUUUGGCACAAUCUAUUUUUCUGGGUAUUUUGGCGGAGGGAGAUAUUUGUGCGUCGCAACGCAGAGCAUCAUCUGAAAGUCUUGGAUAUUUAGCUCGAUUUGGAAAUGAUAUCUUCACUGCGAGAAUGGCAAGCUUCUUCUGCUCUUUGGGAAAGAGCUCUUGCUUUGAUGUGGAGAAACAAAUUUUAUUCCCUCACAUCAUUCAGGGUGCAGGAGGGAUUGCUUUGUCAACUUUAGUGCCUGCAACAGUGAGCUCUAUAUCCUCACUGGCUAAAAGUUCGGUAGCUAAUCUGCAGAUUUGGUCUAUGCAUGGGCUUCUUUUAACUAUUGAAGCUGCUGGCUUGUCCUUUGUCUCUCAUGUCCAGGCGACCCUUUCUCUUGCUAUGGACAUUCUUUUAUCUGAUGAGAAUGGUUUAGUAGACAUUCAGCAGGGAGUUGGCCGCCUUAUAAAUGCUAUAGUUACUGUUCUUGGUCCUGAGCUUGCCCCAGGAAGCAUUUUUUUCUCGCGCUCCAAGUCUGCCAUUACGGAGAUUAGCAGCUGGCAAGAAACAUCAACUAUGCUUGAGAGUGCACGCUUCACGCAACAACUUGUUCUUUUUGCACCUCAAGCUGUUUCUGUGCACUCCCAUGUGCAGACACUUCUGUCUACUUUGUCAUCGAGACAGCCAACACUACGGCAUCUUGCUGUGUCUACUCUUAGGCAUCUAAUUGAGAAAGAUCCAGCUUCGGUAAUUGUUGAGCAGAUUGAAGAUAACCUGUUCUUUAUGCUUGACGAGGAAACUGAUUCUGAGUAUAAUUGGAAACUUAGUGCAAACAACAAUUAUGCGAUUACUCUGUGCCUCUUCCCCUUCAUGUCCUUCACAUUGGAUAUCAGUAUGUCGCAAAGUGGUGGGCGGGGGGUCCUUGCAACAUCAAUGAGGAACACUGAAAAUAAUAAUAUUUCGCCAAAUGAUAACCCAGAUUCAGGUUUGAACCUUGGAGAUGAUGAAAAUAUGGUUUCUGGGUCCAACAGCGUACAAAGUCACAAGUUUCAAGCUUCCAUUGGUGCUGCUAAUAGGGAGAAGUACCUCAGAUAUAAGACCAGACUUUUUGCUGCAGAAUGCUUGAGCCAUCUACCAGAUGCUGUAGGAAGAAAUCCUGCACAUUUUGAUCUAACUUUGGCAAGAAAAGAACAUGCAAGUGGGCAAUCCACUGGUGAUUGGUUAGUUCUCCACUUGCAAGAGUUAAUAUCACUUGCUUAUCAGGUACUGCUUAGCUAUGCCUGA